CUUUAAAGAAAAUAUGACCUAAAAUAUUUUUGACGACUAAACUACACCAAAUCGCGCUGCGGUGUGAGUUCUCGCGAGAACACGCGGCUUCAAACCUUCCCAUGGUCCUUUGCGAUCCCUCUUUCUAGCCGGCGCCUGAGAAUGGGUAUUUCAAGGGACAACUGGCAUAAGCGCCGCAAGACUGGCGGUAAACGUAAACCCUACCACAAGAAGAGGAAGUAUGAGCUCGGACGGCCUCCGGCAAACACAAAGAUCGGGGCUCGACGUAUCCACACCGUGAGAGUCCGCGGUGGAAACAAGAAGUACCGCGCUCUGAGGCUGGAUGUUGGUAACUUCUCAUGGGGGUCUGAAUGCUGCACACGGAAGACCAGGAUCAUUGACGUGGUCUACAACGCCUCCAAUAACGAGCUGGUCAGAACCAAGACUUUGGUGAAGAACUGUAUUAUUUUGAUCGACAGCCUUCCCUUCAGACAGUGGUAUGAGGCUCACUACGCCACUCCUCUGGGACGCAAAAAAGGAGCCAAACUGACUCCUGAGGAGGAAGAGGUCCUGAACAAGAAGAGGUCCAAGAAGUCCCAGAAGAAGUAUGAGGAGCGCAAAAAGACAGCCAAGAUCAGCACUCUGUUGGAGGAGCAGUUCCUGCAGGGAAAACUACUCGCUUGCAUCGCCUCCAGACCAGGACAAUGCGGCAGAGCAGACGGCUACAUCCUGGAGGGCAAAGAACUUGAGUUCUACCUAAGGAAGAUCAAGGCCAAGAAAGGCAAAUAGAUUUACAGCUCUUUGAUACGUCAAUAAAAUCCCAAAUGUUCCCAAA